AUGGUGGGUCACGGUGGUCGGCGACUUCUGGUUCGCCGUCAGCUGGCUGCUGAACCAGGCGUCCAAGCUCAACCCCAUGUCCCCAUCCGGCGCGUCCCCAACCUCGCGCUCCUCAACCAACACGUCGAUCCUCCUACUCCCAGCGGCGGUGGCAGCUCCAGCCAGCUCCCGGGCGUCGACGUGUUCAUCAACACCGUGGACCCCGUGGACGAGCCCGUGCUGUGCACCAUGAACUCCGUCCUGUCCAUCCUCGCCACGGACUACCCAGUGGACUGGCACGCGACGUACUUCUCCGACGACAGCGGGUCGCUCGUCCACUACGAGGCGCUGCUCGAGACCGCGAGGUUCGCCGCGCUGUGGACGCCGUUCUGCCGGAAGCACCGAGUCGAGCCGAGGGCACCUGAGAGCUACUUCGCGGCAAAGGCGGACGCGCCGUACGCUGGUGAUGCGCCGGGGGAGUUCGUCGGCGACCGUCGGCGCGUUCGCCAGGAGUACGAGGAGUUCAAGGCUCGGGUGCAAGCGCUGUUCACCGACAUUCCACAGAGGUCGGCGGAGGCGAACCACCGUGACGACGCGAAUCGAGGUGGUGACCAUGCGACGUACAUGGCCGAUGGGACGCAUUGGCCUGGCACUUGGACCGAGCCGGCUGAAAACCACAAGAAAGGACAGCACGCCGCCAUUGUUCAGAUUAUUUUGAACCAUCCCGGCGACGAACCUCAGCUUGGCACGCCGGCGAGCUCCUCCAGCCCCCUUGACUUUAGCGCCGUCGACGUGCGCCUCCCGAUGCUGGUGUACAACGAGCGGGAAAAGUGCCCGGGCUACGACCACCAGAAGAAGGCGGGCGCCAUGAACGUGCAGCUGCGCGUCUCGGCGCUGCUCUCCAACGCGCCCUUCAUCAUCAACUGCGACUGCGACCACUACAUCAACAACUCGGGUGUUCAGAGUUGCAAACUAAAUAUUAAAAAUGACUGGAUACAUGGUUCAGAUUUGGUGAUGCAGUGGGCUUCAGUAUGCUUUGUGAUAGAGCUGGCAGCAAUGACCAUAUAUCAGGUAUUACUAGUUCCAGCAAUUAUCAGACUAAAUGUUAUUUCUCAAAUGAUAUUGGGUCAACAACUUGCCUUGUCUUUCUAUGGAUUCAGAUUUGAAUUUUUUUCUGUAUUUUGCGGCGGCGGCGCCGCCGCGAGGGAGAGGUUUGCGGAGCUCUACCAAGUGCAGUGGGCGCCGCUGCUGGUGCCGACCGUGCUGGUGCUCGCCGUGAACGUCUCCGCCAUCGGCGCGGCCAUUGGCCGGGCGGCCGCCUUCGGGUGGUCGUUCGCGCAGGUCGCCGGCGCGGCGAGCGGGCUGCUGUUCAACGUGUGGGUCCUGCUGCUGCUGUACCCUUUCGCGCUCGGGAUCAUGGGGCAUUGGAGCACGAGGCCCUACCUGCUCUUCGUCCUGCUCGUGGCCGUGCUCAUUAUCAUCGCGUCCGCGUACGUCGCGGUCCUGGCGGUAGUUGCUCCAGGUUCUGUGGCGGCGCUCUGGCUGAGUGGCUGGGAGGAUGGCCAGGCAUAG